AUGGCGACCAUCGAGUCUACGAGGCUUUUCCCUAGACUUCAAGAGUCGUCAGCUUCAACACCUCUGUCAAUUUUGGACGCAACGGUCGCGCGCUUUUCCCCAACAGGUGCAAUAUGGGUCUUUGACGAAAAUCCCACAAACUUCGACCAGGAGACGUUUAUUAAUCAUCUACGGGACUCGUUCAUCGAAACCCUCUCCAAAUUCUCUCAAUGGGCAGGCCAACUGCAAUGGGCACCAGUCCAACCAAGUGGAAACCACACAGAGCGCUUCAAUCGGCCAUUACUUGUAUACGGUGCCGACACUGAUCCCGGUGUUGAAUGGACAGUAAUCAAACACCCAUUCAGAGCAGAUGAGAUAGUCCCUACGGCCGACGAGCGAGCUUCAACAAUCACUGGCAAUCGAUCAGGAGCAUGGGACGGCAAUGACUUCAACCAAGGACUAUUUGUCUCAUCCGCACCACUGGCAUUGCAUGACUUGAAAGACUGCAUCGGGCUACCAGGGAUGCAAGUACAAGUCAGUCUCCUCCAAGACGGGGCAUAUGCGAUCGGAAUAAAGAUAGCGCACUGUCUAGCCGAUGCGCAGACGUUGAUGGUUUUCGUGCAUCUCUGGGCAUCCAACAGUCAAAAGCAAUUUAGGCAGCAGGCCAAACUAUCGAUGAUGGGAGAUCCAGUCUUCGAUCCCGCAUUACUAGACAAGUGCGCAGCAGGCGAUAUCAAUGCCCCAGAACCAGACUCUGCUCUCAUAAAAGUCGCCCGUGACUUACCCUUGCACCGCUAUAGUUGGUGGGACACAUUCGACGAGGCUUAUCCAAAAGUCUGCAUACCAACAACAGAAAAUUCAAAACCAUCAGCCGCAGAUCUCGCACUAGCAAUCCAGCAAAACAGAAUCUCCCCUUCAACACCAGCACCUUGGUCAUCAUGGGAUUUCACCAGACCGAUCAGCUACACUCUCCUCCACUUCACAGGGCCCCAACUCCGCAGCCUCCAAGCCCAAGCCCAAAGCCUCCUCGACCAACCCCCCGAAAAGACAUAUCUCGCCUCGACGCGCUCCUCGCGCACCUCUGGAAAAGCAUAA